AGCAGGAGGAGGAGGCUGGGUGUACUUGGCAGAGCUGGGCUGGCAGUCAGCCUUUCCCAGCAUGCAUGUAGGCAUCUGCUGCUGCUGCUGCCAGUGAGUUGUUGCUGAGUCCGGACACCAUCGGAAUCGGGACCAGGAGCAGGAUCGGGAUCGGGAUUGAAGCACGGGAGCUGCCCAUUCAUUCAGGAUCAGCGCGGCGGCCGCUCCAGCGGAUUGCGGGGAGCUCCCCCGUUCCCCUCCUCCCCCUUCCCCCCCACUCCGCCCCCUCUCCCACUGUCUGGACAGUUCAGAAUGAACACGAUCAGACAGGUACCAGCCAAGGUGCUGCACCGCCGCUCUGUGCACAGUUUGGAGGCAGAGAGAGAGCAGUUUGACAGGCAGCAGGCUGCCAGCAUCAGCAAAGCUAUUAACAGCCAGGAGGUACCCGUCAAAGAAAAGCAUGCACGUAGAAUUAUAUUGGGGACACACCAUGAGAAAGGAGCAUUUACUUUCUGGAGCUACGCCAUUGGUCUUCCAUUAUCUAGCAGUUCCAUUAUGAGCUGGAAGUUCUGUCAUGUCCUACACAAAGUCCUAAGAGAUGGACAUCCAAACGUUCUUCACGACUUCACCAGGCAUAAAAGUAACAUCCGUGAAAUGGGAAGUUUAUGGGGCCAUUUGCAUGAUCGGUACGGGCAGUUGGCAAGUGUCUACGUCAAACUUCUCAGUACCAAGAUGGAUUUUCAUAAAAAGCAUCCAGAGUUCCCACCUAAUCUGGAAGUGACUGAUGAAACGCUGGAUAAAGCUUCUGGCACAGAUGUAAACAACAUCUUCCAGCUUACGGUGGAAAUGUUUGAUUAUAUGGACUGCGAGCUGAAAGUUGCUGAAAGUGUAUUCAGAUCACUGGAUACCUCCUAUGCAGUAUCACAGACACCAUCUGGUCAGUGCCGACUAGCUCCUCUCAUUCAGGUGAUCCAAGAUUGCAGCCACCUUUACCACUACACUGUAACACUAAUGUUCAAACUCCAUUCCUGUCUGCCAGCAGACACUUUGACAGGACACAGGGACCGAUUCUAUGAUGAGUUUCACAGCCUGAAGAGUUUCUUUAGCCGAUCUCGUGACAUGUUAUAUUUCAAACGGUUAAUCCAGAUUCCAAAAUUGCCUGAGAGUCCUCCAAAUUUUUUGCGAGCCUCUGCCCUUGCAGAGCAUGUGAAACCUGUGGUGAUUAUUCCAGAUGAGGCCCCAGCUGAUGAUAUUGAGGAACCAGAAAGUCUCAUUGAGGUCUCUGCAGUUCCAGUGACUGAAUCUCAGAACUUGGUGGAUGUGGACAUCUUCGAUGCUACUUUUGGUCCCCCAACUAAUAAUGGUUUUGUGAAAGAUGAUAGAGAUCUUCAAAUUGACAACCUGAAGAAAGAGGUGGAGCUGCUGAAAGCUGAGAUAGAAAGAGUAAAGGCUGAGGCCCAGAAGUACAUUGCACAACUGAAAGCCCAGAUUAAUACCUUAGAGACAGAGCUGGAGGAAACACGCAAACUGAAGCAGAAAGCACUGAUCGAUAAUGAGGAGCUACGGGAUAAGCUGGAGAACCUUCAGAAACAGAAGGGCGACACAGAUAAAGCACAGUUUUUGUUGAUUGAGGCGGAGAAGAAGGUGCAAGCGAAUGAGCAGCGCUACAAUAAGCUGAAAGAAAAACACAGUGAUCUUGUAAACACCCAUGCAGAGCUCCUCAGGAAGAGUGCUGAGACAACCAAGCAGCUGACGGUUACACAGCAGACCCGGGAAGAAGUGGCCCGUACAAAACAAGAGCUUGAAUUUGCCAUGGAAGAAGCUAAAAGAGAAGCGGAGAUGAAGCUGGAGGACCAGAGCUUUAUAAUGGAACAACUGAAAAGGGAACUGGCUGCAAGCAAGGAAGAACUAUCUACCAUCCAGAGCUCGCUGCGGAACUCUGAACAGGUGGGCACUGAGAUGAAUUCCAGGCUGCAGGGCCUUGAGGCGGAGAAGGACAAUCUGAGGAAAACCGUGGCUGCGAAGGAGGCAGAAGCAUACUCCCUGCGGAACACGAUUCAGGAUAAAGAGGCGGCGAUGCGCACCGAGAAGGACAGGAGCUUGAGGGAGCUGGAAGAACUGCAGGAAAAAUUCAUGGAGAAGACUAACCGAGAGCAGAUGCUGCAGCAGAAGCUUCUAGAUGAACAGUUCAGCCUGGUCCAGGGAACUGUAAGAGAAGCUGAGAACAUCAUUCAAGAUGCUGUGGCGAAACUUGAUGAUCCACUGCAUAUUAGAUGCACCAGUUCACCAGAUUACCUAAUCAACAGGGCAGAAGCUGCCCUCGAAUCAGUGAGCUUGAUGCAACAAGGGCACUCCGAGUUCCUGAAGAACAUGGCAGAUGCCAGUAGCCUCCUGCAAGCACUGACCAGGUUUGCGCACCUGACUGCAGACACCAUCAUAAAUGGCAGUGCCACAUCACAUCUGGCUCCAACUGAUCACGCUGACAGACUGACUGAUAACUGCAGAGAGUGUGGGGAUACGAGCCUUCACUAUUUGAAUGACCUGAAGGAUAAGCGGUCAAUUAGCCGUGCAGACCCAGCUGCUGUGAGGAGAGUGAUGCAGAGGAUUCUUGACCUUGGACAGGAAUUGAGGCCUAAGAGCAUCGAUAUCAGACAGGAGGAACUUGGGGAUAUGGUGGAUAAAGAGAUGGCACAAACAUCUGCAGCUAUCGAAGAUGCGGUGAAAAGAAUUGAGGAAAUGAUGAACCAAGCCAGGCAAGGAAGCUCUGGGAUUAAACUCGAAGUCAAUGAAAGAAUCUUAAACUCUUGCACAGAUCUGAUGAAGGCAAUAAGACAACUGGUAAUGGCUUCAACAAGUUUGCAGAAGGAGAUUGUGGAAAGUGGACGGGGAGCAGCGACACCAAAAGAAUUCUACGCAAAGAAUUCUCGUUGGACAGAAGGCCUGAUCUCUGCCUCCAAAGCUGUGGGCUGGGGUGCAACCCAGCUGGUAGAUUCAGCCGAUAAGGUUGUCCUGAAGACUGGGAAGUACGAGGAGUUGAUUGUGUGCUCACAUGAGGUCGCAGCCAGCACAGCACAGCUUGUUGCCGCAUCAAAGGUGAAAGCAGCCAGGAGCAGCAGAAACCUAUCCAGAUUACAGCAAGCCUCCAGGCAUGUGAAUGAAAUGACUGCUAACGUAGUGGCUUCAACAAAAUCAGGACAGGAACAAAUUGAAGAUAAAGAUACAAUGGAUUUUUCAGGAAUUUCAAGGAUUAAACUAAAAAAAGAGGAGAUUGAAACACAGGUAAAAGUGUUGGAGCUAGAAAAUAAACUGCAGCAGGAGAGAAUGAAGCUAGGAGAUUUAAGGAAGAAACACUAUGACCUGGGAGGAAUAUGUGACGAAAUACUGGAGGAUGAAAAGCCACCUUCCAAACCCGAGAUUUCAAAGAAGCCACCGCUUUCCCAAAAACCAAACAUCCCAGCUAAAAAAGAUACUCAGCUAAAUGCACCAGACCUGACUUAUGUUUCUCAUUUACGGAGCUCCCAAUAAGGAAAUGUGCAGAGAGUGAAAAUGGCUGCAGUGUUUUGGAACAGGGAAGAAGGAUCUCCUCUAUGCUGCUCACAGAAGUCAAGCUCAUCCAAUGGCAGUGUUACAUUCCACAAACUUACUCGUUGAUUUUAUCAAAUUGCUUGUUUUUAUCUGGUCGCUCUCUAUCAGAUUGAAAUAAUUUAUAUGGAAAGUAAAGGAUAGGUGUUAACUCAUUUUCACCGAAUAAUCACAUUGUUAAACACCUGUGUUCAUUUUCAAAUUGGUCAUGUGGGAUAGAAUGGGAAGAGACACAAUAAGUCAACUGUCCUCCAAAUAACUAUUCAUUUCAACCUCUGUAAACUGAAGUCCAUCACAAAUCAGACUGUUAUUGAUUACAUUGAAAUGUCUUUUUUCUAUAAAGAUUAUUUAGGUGCUCUGUACACUUUUGCAUUUGCUGCUGGGUCAGAAUAUUUGAAGAUUUGCUGGAAAGCACCAGCAAUGUUAUCUGAAGUAAUGAAAUAUUAGUAACAUAGUUUCAGAAGCUUUGUACAUACCCUCCCCAAAAAUUAUACAUUUUUAGAUUUAAAUCGAUAGAGCAAAGUCUUUUUGUAUGUAUGUGGACAUUUUAAUGGGUGUGGUAUAUUUAUUAGCAAUAGUCAAAGUUUCAAGCCAUACAUGAAUUUGCCAUAUGAACAGUUGUCUUUGGCUGUAUUGCUGAAUUUCAUGUAUGAAAACAUGAAUUUUAAAUGUGAAAUUUGAAAUAAAUGGUUAUUAACAUUUA